AUGGAUUGUGAUGAAGAAAUGGUUAAAACUUUAUUUCAGUAUCAACAUGGAUUUGUUAUUUCAAAGGUUUUGUUUACUGCCUGUGAGUUGGGAGUAUUUGACCUGCUUUUGGAGUCAAAAGAGCUCCUGACUUCAGCAGUUAUUGCUGAACGCUUGGGCACCAGUCACAUGGGAAUGCAAAGGAUGCUGGAGGUCUGUGUGGGAUUAAAGUUACUAAGAAUGGAGAGGAAGGACAACAAAGGUCUUUAUGGAAACACAGACUUCGCCAACCUCUGCCUUGCUAAAUCAAGCCCAAAAUCCCAGUAUCAAUACAUUAAGUUUUUAUCUGAGUUUGGCUAUUCAAAUAUUCAGUAUUUGACAAAGGCUGUAAGGGAAGGAAGUAAUCAGAAUCAAACAGUAUUUGGCACUUCAGAAAAAGAUCUUUACAAGAACCUUUCCAGAUCGGAGGAAGAGUGGCAAAGAUUCUCCAGUGCCAUGGAUGAUGCCUGGAGUCUGUUUGGUCAGGAAGUGAUAUCUGCCUUUGAUCUUUCUUGUCUCCAUGCCGUUUGUGAUCUGGGAGGAGGCAGUGGCUACUUUGCCAAAAUAUAUGCUUCAUUGUACCCAAAUUCUACUGUGACCAUUUUUGACUUGCCUGAAGUUGUGGAAAGAGGAAAGAAGCAUUUUGUGUCUUCAGAGGAACACCAGAUUACUUUCCAGAGUGGCAAUUUUUUAAACGAUCCCGUUCCUGAAGCUGAUCUGUAUAUAUUGUGUAGAAUUCUCCAUUGCUUGGAUGAUGAGAAGUGUGUAGCUCUGCUAACUAAACUACACAAGGCUUGUAAACCUGGUGGUGGUGUUUUAGUAGUGGAGCAGCUUCUUAAUGAAGACAGAAGUGGGCCCUUAUCAGCCAGUCUCUACUCCUUAUUGAUGUUGGUUUUCCUUGAAGGAAAAGAACGGACCGCAUCCGAGUACAAUGCAUUCCUACAUGGAGCUGGCUUCAAGGAUGUUCAGUUCAAGAAAAGAAGAUAUUUUGGUGUUGUUUAUGGAAGAAAAUAA